AUGGCUGUGCCUCGCGGCGACCUCUUCCCCUUCGUGCUCGCCUUCCUGCGCGAGAACCGCUUCGAGGGCGCCGCGCGUGCCUUCGCCAGGGAGGCGGCGGCGAAGGAGCAGGACCCCAACGCAGCAUCCCUCCUGGACAUCUUCAGUUACUGGCUGAAGUCUCCAGCGGCCAAGAAGAGAAAGCUCGUUCCCAACGGCCCCCAGGCGAAGAGGAAGUCGCCCUCCAGCAGCGAUGACAGCUCCAGCGAGGAAGACGAGACCCCCCCGGCCAAGAAACCAGCUAAAGCAGCAGCUGUGCCCAAGUCAAAAACAGUUCCUCCAGCCAAGAAGGCAGAGAGCAGCAGUGAGGACUCUAGUGAUGAUUCAGACUCGGAGGAGGAGAAGCCGCCAGCAAAGAAAGGUGCAAAACCUGUGGUGAAGCCAGCUGGAACCAAAAUCCAGCCUCAGAAGAAAGCAGAAAGUUCCAGCUCUGACUCAAGCAGCUCAGAUGAAGAAGCACCAAAGAAACAGCCACCAAAACCAUCAACACCUAAAUCAGGAAGUAAAGUUGCCCAGGCAGCCACCAAGGUAGUCAAUGGAAAAGCAGCAAGCAGUAGCAGCAAUAGUGAAGAUUCUGAUGAGGAAAAGACUGCACAAAAGAAGGCUGUUCCCAAGAAAUCACUUCUGCCAAAACCUGCAGCCACUCAGGCAUGUCCAGGGAAAAACAAACGUGCCAAGGAAAGUUCCAGUAGUGAGGACUCAUCUGAUAGCUCAGACAAUGAAAAGCCACCUGCAAAACAAAAGCCGAAGUCUGGUCAGUACAGUGCUGUGCCGCCUCCUCAAGCUACAAAGACAAAGAAUGGCCUUGCCAAGGCUCCUACAAAAAAGGCUGAGAGCAGUGACUCUUCAGACAGUAGUGAUGAGGCAGAGCAGGUGCCCCCAAAGGGCAGGGCAGGAAAAGCAGUAGCAGCCAAAACAAUCCCUGGCCCGCAAAACAAAGCUGUGACUACCAAGAGGGCUGAAUCAAGUUCUGACAGUGACUCAGAUUCUAGCUCUGAGGGUGACAAGAAGGUUGGGAGUAAGCUCCUAGCUAAACAACCUGUGAUAAAGAAUGCUUCCAAACCAGCAAAAGUAGCUGUCAAGACUGGACAAGCAAAGAAAGACUCCAAUUCCUCCUCAGACAGCUCAGAUUCUGAUAGCUCUGACAAGAAACCUGUGAAACCCCCAACUAAACCUGUGAAACCCCCAACUAAAGCAGCAACCCCUGCAGCAAAGAAGUCACCAGCUGCCACAAAGAAAGCACAAAGUAGCUCUGAUUCAGAUAGCAGCUCCAGCAGCUCUGAGGAUGAGAAAAAGAAAAGCAGUUUGGCUAAAUUAGCUGGCAAAGUGGGUAAGCCAGUGUCCAAACCUUCUACCCCAGCUCCCAAAGCAGGCACUUCUGACUCUGAGAGCUCAAGCAGUGAAGAAGAAAAGAAGCCAGCAGUGAAACAAGCCACCAAAUCUACAGGGGCAGCAAAAGCAGCUGUGGGGAAGAAGACGGCUGCUUCUAGUAGUAGCAGCAGCUCAUCUGAUAGUUCCAGUGAAGAGGAUGAGAAGCCCAAAAAGGCAGGGAAAGGAGCACAGAACAGUUCUAAGACCACUGUCUCCAAAGAGAAAGCAAAAGCAUCCACACCAGCAGCAAACAACCUGAAAUCUAAGCCAGCUGGUGGCAGCAGUGAAAGCAGCUCUGAAGAAGAGACUGGAAAAGUCAAUGGAGGCAUGAUCAGGAAGAAAAAGAAGAGGGAAGAUGUUCAGGAGCCAGAGACACCACACAGUAAGAAAGCGAAGAUCAAAGCCAAAACACCACAUACAGUUCCCAAGGUGAAACGGCCAGCCUCUCCCUUCCGCCGCGUAAGGGAAGAAGAGAUUGAGGUGGAUGCCCGUGUUGCUGAUAACUCAUUUGAAGCAAAGAAAGGAGCAGCUGGUGACUGGGGUGAGAAGGCUAACAAUAUCCUGAAAUUCACUAAAGGCAAAUCUUUCCGCCAUGAGAAGACAAAGAAAAAACGAGGCAGCUACCGUGGGGGCACUAUAUCGACCCAAGUCAAUUCCGUCAAGUUUGAAAGUGACUGAGAAUGUUUCCUUUAGAAUUCAUAAACCAUCUGCUCACCAGAAUGGCUUUGAUGGGCAUGUGGAUAUUAUGGAUGUCAAGCCUGCCUGGAAUGCUACCUCCACAAGCCCAUUGUGGGGCCGGCAGCUCCAGCGUGGGGAUGUGGGAGAAUGGUUGGAUGUUUCCCCUUUUUAUUUCUAAAUCUGAUUUAGGCCCCUCAUUUGGAGCCAUCCUUGAGCUGGUGUUACUGGCACCACUAGGGUAACCUCCAAGACUUAAAUAUUCUACAGUCUUAUUUUAAAAGGCUGGUGGUGAUUUUUCACUUCCGUUUCUGGCCCAUCUAGUAGAAGAAAGAGAAAUCAUUUUCCUGUAUCUUAACCUCCCACUUUUUCAGCCAGUUUAACUCAGAUGGCUGUGAAAUGGCAAGUAUUGUAACUUGCUUUUGACUAGUUACUGUAAGAGCAACAACUGAUUUGAACUGGCUGUAGUCCCCACCUGACAUUUCAAAUUCACAGUUGCAGUAUGACAGGAUUCCUCUUUACUGUUUCCUUCUUUCAUGGUUUCACCUUUCAAUAAAUUCCUACCUUCCUCUUCCUUCCACUCCUGUUGAGGCCACUAACCAGAGUACUUAAAGAUGCAGAGUCUAAAUACACCUUAGUAGUCUAACUGUUGCUUGCAGUUGCAAGUUGGGGGCUGUUAGAAAGACCAAGGUCUCUGGUACUGUUGUGGCACUCUUGAUAACACUUUCAUUGGGAAUGGACUGGAGAUGUGCAGAAACUCUUGACUGCAUGGAAGUUAUGAUGUUUGGCUCAGUAGGAAUGGAUAAGGAGGCAGAGGAGAUAAAGCCCUCUUUUGUACCCAGCUCUGCUUUUUCCUGUGGUUUUGUUUCAGAGGCUCUGACUGCAGUGUGGCAUUGCUCCUUGUUCUCCCAACAUAAAACAUGCCAGCUUAUGCUAACUGCCAGCAAUGUGCCAUGCAGCUUGUUAGGAGUCAAGAUGAAUGUAUCAUUAAUGCCUUAAAUUUCUGGGUUGGAUCAGUUGCUCUUUGAGCUGUUUUCCAUCUGUUAAAUCCCUCUCAAGAAUAAAAAUGCCAGUUUCCCCAUAGCACUGAGGCAAAUAAAGCCUGGUAGCUAACACUUCAAACCUUACAGCAUGGAGAGUUUGAAACAAAUUCAGUAACUUGCAGCAUAAACUGAGAUUUCGUGAGCAACUGAGAUAAUGUAAUGGCCUGAUGCUGUUGAGAGGAGGGGUUGCUGUCCUUCCAGUUGUGUGACUGCCUCAUUUCUGGUGUAACUUGCACCUGAUGGAAAACGGUUUCCCCAACUACUUUUUUUCCCCUGUUAGGUGGUUAAUUUUAUUUAAUUUCUGUUGGUGGAGCAGUCUGCUGAGCACAUAGCCAGUAUGAAUUGAACAGUGUUAAUGCAUGUUUGGGAAACAGGGUAGUGGGCUGUGAGAACUGCUCACCCCAUCUCAUGAAACUGCCAGCCACUGAAAGGUUGUACAGGGCCUGAUUUUCAUACUUCCAUUCCCUCCCCAAAGGAUGACAAUGAGAAGAGCCCUGUUGUUACAAGAAGCUAUAUUUGUGUGCAAAGCAGUGUCACCUAAUUGAGGGUUGGAUGAGACUUGAUGAGCCACCCCCAUACACAUGAGCUGCAACUUGUUCCAGUGACUUCCCCUCUGGCUUGCACAAUCACUCUGGUGCCUGGAUUCUAGGUUACAGUGCAGAGGGGCCCAGGAAACCAUGGUUAUUGCAAGGAAUUAAAGGUUAGAGGCCAGAGGAAGGUGGGAAAAGUAUUUUCUGUCUGGUGAUUUGAACAUUAUUUUGCUUGUGAUUUCUCUUUUGCCCUCUUCUGUUUAUCAGGACCUUACAUUUGGAACUCUUAAAUUUUUAAAAUUUUAUGUUUCUGGGGUAUUUUAAGUAUGAGAAUUUUAAUGUAUUGGAAAAUAAAGAUUGCUGCCUUUGU